UGCACGCUUAAAAACUACCACGAGAAAAAUUGUAUUGACAGAAAGUCGAUCAAAGAAUACGUCAAACAAAUACAUUAAAUAUAAAAGAAACAAGAAGGAAAGUUUUCAUUUUUUCAAAAAAAAGGUUGAAAGGAGAUCGUUACCCAAGAAUUAUUUACGGUGAAGUGGAUGGAUCGGUCGUAGCUCAACGUCAAAACGGAAAAAUACAAGUCAUCGAUGGCGAUGUUUCUAGACUCUUUGAUUCGAAUCAUAGAAUCGGAAAGAGAAAGAAACGAGACAGUGGAGUUUUGAGUGGAUCGAAUGAACACCGCUUGAACGAGCCGAACUGCCAUUACUUCUCGGCUGUUUCUUGUGGGAUAGACGGAAAUCAUUGACAUCAAAACGAUAAAGCCGAAAUUCAAGUGUGUGGACUUUAAACGAGAUCAGUAAAAGCAAUCAAGCAAAAGAAAUGCAACUAAAAGAAAAAAAAGAAUGUAUUUUCUAGAAUCCAGUCACAUUCAAUUGGAAUUCGGACUCAAAUGGGACGGCAUCAGAUCUACAAUUCAAUUUUGUACCACUAGCAAUUUUCAAUUUGAUGCUAGUAUUAGAUAUAUAAGGUUACAGAGAAGGCGGAUGACUGAAAUGGCGUAGGAGGUUAAUCCCAGUCGUCACUCGUGCUCGACUGCCUUUCACUUCCAUUUAAAAUUUCAGACGCAACUUGGACGGGAAGUAACGAGUUGAUGUACUGCUUUGUACCUCGUAAAGGCUCACCGGACUCGAUGACCACGCCAGAAAAAAAAAAUCAAUGACGCAUUAAGACGCCUCACUUGGUCGGACUGAUUGUCCAGUGAAAUGUAGAAACUGCAAACUAAAGAAGAAGGAAAAAGAAUAACGAUCGCUGAUUUAAACAAAAAUAAAAGAAAUGCAAAUGCAAAGCCAAAACGACAAGACAGGCAUUUGUAGUCUAAGACGCAGGCGCCGUCUCGCGACGCCUUGUCAGAAGGAAUGUGAAGGUAAAGCAUUUGCGUGUACCAUAUCAUCGUAUAGCAAUAGCAGUCAAACGUAGAAUGACUCCAGCUGAUGGAGUGGACGCUCCAGCAGUUGGCAACAGUCCGCACUCCGGUUAGCAUUUCACAUUUAUCUUUUUAGCGAAAGCGAAUGGGAGUGAAAGUGAUCGUGGUUAAUGAUCCGAAUACACGAUGAGUGCCGAUCAGCUUCCGGCUUCCGAAAGCCGGCUGUAUUGCUUUCUACCUUUAUUGAUGGGCUGUUUGGUGUUCGCCAAUUCGCUCGGCGGCGAUUUCGUGCAUGACGAUUUGAGUGCCAUCAGGUAUAACGAAGAUGUCACAUCCAGCGGAGGAGGUGCUAGUGACGGCACGGGAACAAGUAAAAGCAGCAUAUGGUCCAAUGAUUUCUGGGGAACAGCUCUUUCUGAUGUCAAAAGUCAUAAAUCUUAUCGCCCGCUGACGGUGCUGUCGUUCAGAUGGAAUUACCUGGUCGGUGGGUUCAAUCCUUUCGGGUAUCACGUCGUUAACGUCGCACUCCACGGCGCCGUUAUAAUCACCUUCGCGCGGAUUUGCCGCCAUCGACUGCAAACAACUUUGCGCACAAGUUUAAUGAGUGCCAGCCUCUUUGCUAUUCAUUCUAUCCAUACGGAAGCGGUCGCUGGAAUUGUGGGCCGUGCGGAUAUCCUUGCCACGCUUUUCUUCCUCUUGUCGUUCUCUUGUUAUCACAGGUUGAUGGAAGAAGGCGAAGAGCGUGUCGGCCGACAAUGCUUUCGCUGGACGUCGAGCGUCGUUCUGGCAUGGGCGUCGUUGACGGCCAAAGAACACGGAAUUGCUGCUCUGCCCGUCGCUUUACUCUUUGACGUCACCAGCACUUCUCACGUCAAAUUGGUGGAUAAACGGAUCCGCCGUGCUCCGUAUUCUUCACCUACGGCAUGCUGGAAAAUCACCCAAUUUCAUCGAUUCACCGGCACUGGCAUAGCGAUCAUCGCGUUGACUUUAUGGAGAGUUUCGAUACUCAACGGACAGCUGCCCACAUUUUCCGAUCAGGACAAUCCGCUGGCUCUUUCUCAUCAUUUUUUAACGAGGGUAUUAAGUCUACUCUACCUGCCCGCUGUCAAUAUGGGACUGUUGUUGGCUCCCGUCAGUUUGAGCUACGAUUGGCAGACUGGCUCCAUUCCGGCUAUCGUGACCUGGUCGGAUGGGAGAAAUGCUGCAUCGCUCUUAUUCUACAUUUCGGCCGGUCUAGUCGCAGUCGUCGCUUUCAAUCGAACCAACAAAAUCGUCAUUUGGAGCUUGUUAGUGAUGACUGUUCCGAUGGUCCCUUGUUCCAAUCUUUUCUACGCUGUCGGGUUCGUCGUAGCAGAAAGACUGCUCUACAUGCCCAGUUUGGGGUUCUGUUUGCUCGUCGGUCACGGACUGGACAACUUGCUAAUAAUAUCGGAAAACGCUGGCGACGUCAAUCAAGGGAUGGCGCGGGCGGGAUUUACUCACAAGAUCAAACGAUCCAGCAGAGCGGAGGGAGAACUUUGCUGGCCAAGACUAAUGAGGCGAUUGAUCUUCAUUUCGACUGUGGUCACAGCCACUUCCUUGCUAACCAAGACACUUGUCCGUAAUGAGGAAUGGAGUUCCCGGAAGACGCUUUUCUCUUCUGGACUGCGAGCCAUGCCGAAUAACGCCAAAAUCCACUACAAUUACGCCAAUCUCCAACGAGACUUGGGCGAUUGGGACCAGGCGAUGCUUCACUAUCGCCGAGCCAUCCAGUUAUGGCCGAGCUAUUCGAGCGCUCACAAUAACUUGGGCACGUUGCUACUAGGCCGUUCAGCAGGACCCACUACCGAUAUAGAACGCAAAAAGUUGGUCGAUGAAGCUGAAAGACAUUUCCUACAAGCGCUGGCCGUGCAUUUUAGACACGUUCACGCUCGAUACAAUUUGGCCGUCAUCAACAUUUGCUAUCGGCACAAUUUGGAUAAGGCAAUCUCUUUGCUAAUCGACUGUCUAUCUCUCGACGCGAAACACAAACCAGCCGAAAAGCUCCUGAAUUUUUUAACUAUCGAUCGCAAUCGAUCAUCGCCGUCCGUCCAAGGAAGUCAUCAGGUCAACGAGACGGGAUCGACGGACAAGCGUAGCGAUGACUUGCAUAAAAAGACCAGCAUCACAAUGAACGACCUUCUUCUGAUUCUCCUGGAGAAUUAAAAUGAGGAUCUAAAUUCAAAACACAUUAAUGAUGACUAUGCCAUUAACCUUAUAGACCCCACUUUAUCCCCGUGUUUUGUACACAAGUGACAAAUAAAUAAAUACGUUAACUGUU